AUGAAAUUUGGCGUUUUCCUCGGCCCGUUUCACCGCGUCGGAGAGAACCCGACCCUGGCCAUCGAGCGCGACCUCGAGCUGGUGGAAUGGUUGGACAAGCUGGGGUUCGACGAGGCGUGGAUCGGCGAGCAUCACAGCGCCGGCUGGGAGAUCAUUUCGUCGCCGGAGGUGUUCAUCGCCGCCGCCGCCCAGAGGACCAAUCGCAUCAAGUUGGGAACCGGCGUGGUCAGCCUGCCCUAUCACCACCCGUUGAUGGUAGCCAACCGCAUGGUGCAACUGGACCACAUGACCUACGGGCGGGUGCUCUUCGGCGUGGGGCCCGGGGCGCUGCCCGGCGACGCGUACAUGAUGGGCAUUCCCCACGAACUGCAACGCGAGCGCAUGGACGAGUCGCUGGGCAUCAUCCUGCGCCUCUUCACCGAGACGGAGCCGAUCACCUACCAGAGCGACUGGUUCGAAUUGAAGGAAGGGUUGCUCCAGCUACGGCCGUACCAGCGCCCGUACAUGCACACCGCCGUGGCAUCGGUACAGUCUCCGGCCGGCGUGACCCUGGCCGGCAAACACGGGUGCUCGGUCCUGACCAUCACGGUACCCCGGGACCCGUCCGCCGGCCCCUCCGACCUGCAGGGACUUUGGAGCAUCGCUGAAGAAUCGGCGGCCGAACACGGCAACACCAUGAACCGCGACGACUGGCGGUUGGUAUUGCCCUGCCAUUUGGCCGAGACCCGCAAGGAAGCGCUGGACGACGCCCGCAUGGGAGCCGGCCGUUACCUGCGGGAAUAUAGCGAAGGAACCAACGGACGGAAGGCGGUUUUCGACGGCCCGCUGGACAAGGUUAUCGACCACAUGGCCGAUACCGGCAGCUGGAUCAUUGGCACCCCCGACGACUGCAUCGAAGCGCUGGAAAGGCUGGGAGAGCAGAGCGGCGGCUUUGGCGCGUUCCUCGUCCAGACCAUCGACUGGGCGCCCCGGGAAAAAAUGCUCCGGAGCUACGAACUGAUGGCGCGCUACGUGAUGCCCCAUUUCCAGGGCAGCGUACUCGGCACCGCGGCCUCAAACCAGUGGGCGGCAGAUCGUCAGGACGAACUGGUCAGCGGACGGGUUCGCGCCAUCGACCGCGCCCGGCAGGCGUACGCCGACCGCGCCGGGUAA